AGCUGUAACCUUUGAGAUUUGGAUAUAAUUAAAUUUCAGAUCUCUGUUACUCUACUCAUGCCGAAUUACCUUGUUCUCCCUUAGGAUUUAGGGCUCUAUAAUGUCCUAUAUAAAUGCGUGUAUCUAAUUUUCUUAAUGCACAAUAUAAUCCUAGUUAGGUAGGGAUAGGAGAUCGGAGAUGGAGAUGGAGAGGAGAGAAUACGUGUCCAAGGAGUUGUUCAGCGAGAAGGAGCUGCAAGAGAUAAGUGGUGUCAUUGUGGAAGAGGAUUACGUGGAGGUGAUGUGUGGCUGCACCAGCCACCGUUACGGAGACGCCAUUGCGAGGCUUAGGGUUUUCUCCGAUGGAGACCUCCAAAUCACCUGCCAAUGCACUCCCGCUUGCCACGAAGACAAGUUGACGCCUGCUGCGUUUGAGAAGCAUUCUGAGAGAGAAACCUCUAGAAACUGGAGGAACAAUGUGUGGGUGUUCAUCGAGGGAGACAAAGUUCCACUAUCAAAGACGGUGCUGCUCAGAUACUACAACAAAGCAUUGAAGAAAUCCUCCAACGGAGGAUCCAAAGGUGUUAACCAUAGGGAUGAGUUCGUUGAGUGCAGCAGAUGCGGGAAGGAGAGGAGGUUCAGGUUGAGGAGCAGAGGGGAAUGCCGGAUGCACCAUGAUGCAUUGGCUAAUCCCAACUGGAAGUGUUGCGAUCACACAUACGACAAGAUAACAUGUGAGGAGGAGGAGGAGAGAGGGAGCAGGAAAGUUUACAGAGGAUGCACUCGUUCUCCGUCUUGUAAAGGCUGCACUUCCUGCGUCUGUUUUGGCUGCAACCUCUGCCGUUUCUCUGACUGUAACUGCCAGAGUUGCCUCGACUUCACCACCAACGCCCAACCCAUUUGACUUGAUCUUCCCCUAACUUACUAAAUUCUUCUGCAAAAGCCUUUGUAUUGUACGGUUGAUGCUACAUUUUCCUUAAGAAAUAAAUACAACUUCCGAACAAAAACACAAACAACUGAAAAGAGUUGAGCUUGAAAAGCCAGUUUAGCAUCAUUACGAGAACAUAUCCCUCUAAUCUAAUAUAACAAUUUCAACCUAAACCAAACACAGACAAGGCCAGAGAUCGACAACAACACACAAGCUUCGGAAGAGGAACUAGGCUUUAGCAGUGCCAAGACCAGAUUGAUCUCACUAUCUUAGAAGGCGGAAGACACAAUGUGAAAAAAAAAUCCGUAUCCAAAAC